GCGCGGGCCAGAAGCGACCGGAAGAAGCGUGCGCGCGGACCGGAAGAGAAGCGGGCAGGGAGAGGCACGCGCAGUCCCUCACACACGGCUUCCAGUGGGCGUUUUUGAAGAGUCGAAGGCCUCCGCCUCCGGCGAGCGCGCCAGAAGUGUCAGUUGCGCAUGCGCUCUGUACCUCUUCUCCUUCUCUUUGCCUGUCUCGCUGCCGGCCUCUUUUCCUCCUCUCUCGCCCGUUGAGGAGCCCCAGGGAAGGACCAUGUCGCGCAGGCGGCACAGCGACGACAACGACGAUGGAACACCACACAAGAGAAGAAGAACAUCUGAACCAUCAGAAAUCGAAGAGCGUCUAGAAUCUUUAAUAUGCAGAGUAGGAGAAAAGAGCAGUUCCUCUUUGGAGAGUAACUUAGAAGGUCUCGCUGGAGUCUUGGAGGCAGAUCUACCUAACUACAAAAGCAAGAUACUAAGAAUCCUUUGUACAGUUGCACGCUUGCUACCAGAAAAGUUGACAGUUUAUACAACUCUUGUCGGCUUGCUGAAUGCCAGGAACUACAAUUUUGGUGGAGAGUUUGUAGAAGCCAUGAUACGUCAACUGAAAGAAUGCUUGAAAGUCAACAUGUAUAAUGAAGCUGUAUAUUUAGUCCGUUUUCUCUCUGAUCUUGUGAAUUGCCACGUAAUAGCUGCACCUUCGAUGGUAGCUAUGUUUGAGAAUUUUGUUGCGGUGACUCAGGAGGAAGACGUUCCUCAGGUGCGAAGUGACUGGUAUGUGUAUGCAUUCCUGUCAUCUUUACCUUGGGUGGGGAAGGAAUUGUAUGAGAAGAAGGAUGCUGAGAUGGAUCGCGUCUUGUCCAGUGUUGAAAACUAUCUGAAGCGGCGUCAGAAGAUACAUGUUCCCAUGUUACAGGUUUGGUCUGCUGAGAAACCACAUCCACAAGAAGAGUACUUAGAUUGCCUUUGGGCUCAGAUUCAGAAGCUCAAGAAGGAUCGCUGGCAAGAAAGGCAUAUCCCAAGGCCAUACCUCGCUUUUGACAACGUGCUCUGUGAAGCUCUGCAACACAACCUGCCUCCUUUUACACCGCCACCCCACACAAAAGACUCCAUUUACCCAAUGCCAAGAGUUAUCUUCAGGAUGUUUGAUUACACCGAUGAUCCUGAGGGUCCUGUAAUGCCUGGUAGUCAUUCUGUUGAGAGGUUUGUAAUAGAAGAAAAUCUGCACUGCAUUAUCAAAUCACACUGGAAGGAGAGGAAAACAUGUGCUGCCCAGUUACUAAGCUAUCCUGGAAAUAAUAGGAUCCCUUUGAACUACCACAUAGUGGAAGUAAUUUUCUCUGAGGUAUUUCAGCUUCCUAUUCCACCCCACACUGAAGUCAUGUACACAGCACUCCUUAUUGAACUUUGUAAACUACAGCCUGGCUCUUUGCCUCAAGUUCUUGCUCAAGCAACGGAAAUGUUAUACAUGCGCUUGGAUACCAUGAACACUACUUGUAUAGACAGGUUCAUUAAUUGGUUUUCUCACCAUCUGAGUAAUUUUCAAUUCCGGUGGAGCUGGGAAGACUGGUCAGACUGUCUUUCUGAGGAUCUUGAUAAGCCCAGACCUAAGUUUGUAAAAGAAGUAUUAGAAAAAUGCAUGAGACUUUCCUAUCACCAGCGAAUUGUAGAUAUUGUCCCUCCUACUUUUUCAGUCCUAACUCCUGCAAAUCCAACAUGUAUUUAUAAAUAUGGAGAUGAAAGUAACAAAUCUCUGCCAGGAUAUAAUGUUGCGCUGUGUCUAAACAUUGCCAUUAAAAAUAAAGCCAGCAACGAUGAAAUCUUCACUAUUCUGAAAGAUGUGCCAAAUCCUAAUCAGGAUGAUGAUGAUGAUGAAGGGUUCUCCUUUAAUCCAUUAAAAAUAGAAGUAUUUGUCCAGACAGUGCUGCAUUUAGCUGCAAAGUCAUUCAGUCACUCCUUCAGUGCUUUGGGAAAAUUUCGUGAAGUUUUCAAAACGCUGGCAGAGAGUGAUGAAGGGAAGCUUCAUGUCCUCAGAGUCAUGUAUGAAGUAUGGAAGAAUCAUCCACAGAUGAUUGCUGUUCUGGUGGAUAAGAUGAUUCGCACACAGAUUGUGGACUGUGCUGCUGUGGCAAACUGGAUUUUCUCUUCUGAGCUGGCUCAUGAUUUCACAAGGUUUUAUAUCUGGGAAAUCUUACACUCAACUAUUCGUAAAAUGAACAAGCAUGUGGUCACGAUCCAAAAGGAACUAGAAGAGACCAAAGCAAGAUUAGCCAAACAACACAAGCGUCGGGACAGUGAUGAUGAUGAUGAUGACGACGAUGACGAUGACGACGACGACCAUAGCAUUGACAGAGAAGAUGGGCCUCUGGAAGAACAGAUAGAACGCCUGCAAGAAAAAGUUGAAUCAGCCCAGAGUGAACAAAAAAACCUUUUCCUUGUAAUAUUCCAGCGUUUCAUCAUGAUUCUGACAGAGCACCUGGUGAGAUGUGAAACGGGAGGGAUUGAUGUAAUGACACCUUGGUACAAAAACUGUAUAGAAAGGCUGGAGCAGAUUUUCUUGCAGCAUCAUCAGAUCAUCCAUCAGUACAUGGUGACCUUGGAGAACCUUUUGUUUACAGCAGAAUUGGACCAUCACAUAUUGGCUGUGUUUCAGCAGUUCUGUGCACUGCAGGCUUGAGUAACUCUUUUGUACAGGACUGAAUUGACUUCGUCUUUUUGAAAACGAAAAAUGGGAGAAUUUGACAAGAGAGAAGAAAGGACAACCUUUUAAUUUGAAACUGAACUUACCAUGCUGUCUUAGAUAAGCUGUACAGUAAUCAGAAUGGGGCAACUUAUUGGCAUUAGAGCCUUUACACUAGUUGUGACUGCUAGGUGAUUGAGAUUGAAUAAUGUAUGGAUUUCUGAUUUUGAAAUGGGUUGAAUGUUGACUUUGCCAUAGCAUUUGUUUUAUCUCCUCCUCCUCCCCCCCCCCCCCGAUUGUUUGUAUAAACAAAUAGGGAAUUAUAUAAUUUGCUACCUUGGGUUGACUCUUCCAUAGGAGUCAGUUCUCUCCUUAAACAAACAAAAAUCUCAAGACUUUGAUGGAUCAGAAUGUGGGGCAACUUUUAAAUAGGUAACAAAUUCUCCAAGGAACAGUACCAUAGGACAUGUGAAAUGCUAAACGGGAAGCCUUCAGAGUAGCUUAGAGUAUAUGUUUGUUAUCAAAAUUAAUUUUCAUGGUUGUAUGAAACAUGGCUGAAAUACAAUCGAACUAUGUUUUUUAAA